UGUCUAAUCCUAGGAAAACAAUAUUAGACCAUCUGUACUGACAAUGAUAUUGUAUACAAAGAUCACAUUAUUUGAAUUUCAGGCACAGUGAAGAGUACUUAAAAAUAUCUGCAAAGUAUCUACGGUACCUAGAUGCAGACAGUUGCCUCUGAGCGAAGAUGAAGUUCUCAAAGCGUACAUCCAUCACCUUAAUAUUCCUGGGAGUCCUGCCGGUUAUUCUCCAAGCGUGUGUCAGCACAUUCUCACAAUUUAAAUCGAAAUUGUCUGCUGCAAAGUUUGGGGAAGUAAUCUGCAUCGCAAAUGGAGAGCACAACGAUUGGAUAAUGAUAGUAAAAAAGGAUGGAAUUACAAUCAUGGGUGAAGAAGGAGGGAAGGUAGUCAUGAAAGGGAGAUCACAAAUCAAAAUCUAUGGUUCUCAAGUUAAGGUUGCGAAUUUGACGUUUACAGCACCCUUAAAUGUGGAAGGCAACAGACGUGAUUUUCCACCACCAAUUGUAUUUGACAGACGCGCGAAAGAUUCCGAGGUUUUUGACUGCGUUGUACAGAACCACUGUGCAAACAGAUGGGCACGAGUAAGAGGGGAUCGGACACAAAUUCACCAUUGUCUGUUUAAAGACAAACCUGCACCUGUAAUAGGAAUCCCAUCAGAAAUCAUAUAUGUUGGGGACAAGGAAAUGCAUGGCAUUUCUAUUCACCAUAACAGAUUGGAGAAUUAUGACCCUGAUGCAAAAGUGAUGAAACAUAAACAUGACGGGGCUGAGGGGAUUUAUGUCAAGGUUUCAAGAAACCAAGGAAGAGAAACCAAAGACUUUGCAACAUCAGUUCAUCACAACUACUUUCACAAGAUCGAUGCUGAGCAAGAGACCAUAGGGAUAAAGUCUUCUGGAAAUGAGGUAUAUGAAAAUGCAAUAGAAGAAUGUUUUGGUGGGAUUUCACUCCGCCAUGGAAAAAGAAACAAUGUAACAAGAAACUACAUACAAAUGAGGCAAACUGGUGACCGUGACAACCAUGGCAUCACAGCACAUGACUCUGACCAUCAAAUUGUAAACAACUGGGUGAUGGAAGCUGGAAGAAAAGCUGGUAUACAAGUGACUGGUGGCAAUGGUCCUACAGAUUGCAAUGCAUGUCAUGUCCGAGCAAAAAAUAUUCAAAUCAAAUCAAAUGUGUUAGUGAAUUCUGCAUUAGUUAUUGGAAGAAAAUAUCCAGACAACCCAGAAAUAGCAGAUGACUAUUACAGGCCACCAGAAAACAUCAGAGUUGCAGAUCUAAAAUCAUCUUGUAGUUAUCCAUUUGCAAUGAUUGGUGGAACCGAAGUCUGCAAAAGCAAAUCAUUUCUUGGAAACCCAACAACAUUUACUGGUGUUAAUGAAUUCAAUGGACCUCAGCUGACCAACUGUGGUGACCUGACAAACAUGCAACAGCUUUUCAGCUCUAAGCGCAUCAUUUGGAAAAAUGGAGCCAAGGACCUCGGUGAUUAUGGAAAACAAAAGAUAAAGCAAAUCAAAUGUGGGGCAGGACCUUCUUGGUACAAGGGCUGCUAAGAUAUUUACCUUUUUAACAAGUUGAUCAAAUAGAGGAAAUCAACUUUCUAUAUACAUAUAAAUAUAUAUCUACAUAAUAAUAAUAAUAAUAAUAAUAGUAUAAUAAUAAAUAAUUCUGUAUCUAGGCUUAAAACCUUUAAACAAGUGAAAAAAGAAAGAAAAAAGAUAUCUCAUUUU